AGGCAAGUCCCUCAAACCGCCUCCGACCACGCCAUCACGACGACCGACUGUCCAACUCCCAAUUGCGAUCCCACCACCACCCCCGGCUCGACCUCAUCUGUCCCGUCUUCCUCUUCAUCAAUCGCCGGUCCUCUUCCUCGUCGUCAAAGAAAAAACACACAGCCGACACCAUGUCCGCCGCCGCCGCCCGUCCCGUCCUCCGCUCGUCAGCGCUGCGCUUCGCUGCCCGUCGCUACCAGAGCACCACCACCCAGAAGGCCACCGAGGCCGCCAAGGAGUCGGCCACCAAGGCGCAGGAGACGGCUCAGGAGACCACCAGCAAGGCCCAGCAGGGUCUCUCGCGCGUCACGAGCGCGGCUGGCGGUGCCGCAAAGGGCCUGACCAGCGCGCUCGGCAAGAUUGGUGGACGCACUGGCCGUCUGUUUGCCUUUAUUGAGCGCCAGACACCCUUUGUCGUCUACUACUCCAAGGUCGGCCUCGAGAUGGCCAAGUACGUCGCCCACGGCCAGAAGAUGAGCCCUCCGUCCAUUGCCACUUUCCAGACCUACUACCAGAACCUCUUCCAGUCAUUGCGAUCCGGCUCCCUCGGUGGCCAGUCCGCACAAGGCCUUCUCCAACGUGCCCGCAACAUUGGCCCGGCCCAGCUCGCCGCUGGCGGUGUCGUCGCUGCCGAGUGCCUCGGUUUCUUCACCGUUGGCGAGAUGAUUGGCCGCUUCAAGCUCGUUGGCUACCACGGCGAGACUGGUGCCCACCACUAGAAUUAUCCGCCGACAACAAGGUUCGAAUUGGAUGUACGAUUUGAGAGCAAGCAGGCAGCAGCAGCAGAAGCAGUGGCAGCGGCGCUGAAAAGAGCGGAUGCCGAUAGACGAAGGAGGACGCAAUAGACGCAAGAGUUUGCACAUGGGGGAGGCACGGUAGAGCAUUGUCAAUUGGGCAAUGGAGGCUUCUUCUGUUGUCUCCCGGGCCAAGGCCCAAGGUCAUUUACGUUUCUUUUGUAGUAAACUGUACAAAACAAGCUGAACAGGAAACCUAUGUUUUGCUCGCACAC